AAAAUCUAAAGAAUUAAAAUUCCUGAAUAAUGCCAUGUCAAAUAUUAACGUUCUUUUCUUUUGUUGCAGAACACAAAUGCGUUCGACGUGUGACGAACAGGAAUGCCUACAGUUAAGGAAAUGACAAACGCCGCAGCAAAAUGGCUGAACAACAUUGGAAAAUAUGGAUGAACACACUUAUUCCUUUCGUUCUCCUGACUACGACUUUUGCCGAUUUCACUACAGAAUGCCAAAGGCCAUGUGACUGUCGGUGGCAGUCCGGAAAUAAAGCAGCUAUUUGCUCAAAUUCAAGUUUGAAGAUAAUACCAGCAAAUUUAAGUAGUGAUAUACAAAUAUUAGACCUAUCAAAUAAUAAUUUACAACAGCUACACCAUGAAGCUUUCAAGAAAGUAGGCCUUAGUAAUCUUAAAAAACUUUUUCUAAAAGAGUGCAACAUAGAAUUGGUACAGAAAUCGGCCUUCGUAACAUUAGCGAUAAUGAUUGAAUUAGAUCUGUCUAAAAACAGAAUACGAUAUCUACAUCCCGAUACCUUCAAGGGUACCGAGAAAUUAAGAUUGAUAAACUUGAGUCAUAACUUUAUCGAUAAACUUGAAGAUGGUACAUUCCGCAACUUGAAGUAUCUACAGAAGGUGGAAUUGAGCAAUAACAGAAUAGUGCGGAUCGGUACUAAAGCAUUCCAAAACUUACCUCAACUUAAGAUUUUGAGAUUUGAUGGCAACAAUCUGAAUCAUAUGAAGCCUGAAACUUUAAUGGGACUGAGAAACUUGUCCGGCUUGGAUUUACACAACAACCCGUGGCGCUGCGACUGCAACCUCCAAACCUUCAGAGAUUGGGUAAUCAGUCAUAAUUUGUACACGCCACCGACUUCGUGUGCGGAGCCAAUAUCUAUCCGGGACAAACUUUGGAACGAAUUAGACUCAUCUAGCUUCGCGUGCCGGCCUACUAUACUCGAACCACUACCCGAUGCAACGGUAAAAAGUUACGAUGAGAACGUUACCUUGAGUUGCAAAGUUGUCGGGAAUCCCACACCUGAUGUCGUGUGGCGAUUUAAUGGGAAGACUAUCGAGACCAAAGCGUUUGGUGAAAUAAGAUACGUUAUCAGCGAGAAUACUAUCGAUUUAAUACGUUGGGUUAACUUGACCAUUCUUCAUGCUAGGUAUAAUGAUAAAGGAAAUUACACUUGUAUUUCUGAAAAUCCUGGUGGUCGAGAUGAAAAGACGCUGACAUUGAUCCUAUCCAAAUAUUCAGGAGGUGGCAUAAUAGCGGGAAUUGAUGCGGAUGCUUUUGCCAUACUAGUAGGUUGUCUGGUAGCUAUAGUGAUAAUUUUUGGAGCGGUCCUAACGGUUUGCUAUCAUACGACACAGAAUAACGAAAUCAAAAGACUGAUUAAAACUGAUACUCGUUCUUCGAAUGGAGAAGCUUUAAUUGAGGGUUCAGUAGCAUCUGAAUUAGAGAAAGGAUUUAAAGCAGAAGUUAACCCUAUUACGAAACCUCCAAGAAAGAGCGACGUCAUGCCAUCCCUCCCUAGCAAGGCCACUGAGAUGUCAGAACUUAACAAAACAUUAUUAGAAAGCGACACCAUACAUGCAUUGUCUGAAGAAAGCCGGCUACAAGAAGUGGAGCUGCCAAGAAUUUCUCAAGAGACACUAUUGAUAGAUCGACUCAGUCAAGACCACCAAACGUACCCCCCAGAUCUGUUAUCCUUCCCACUCAGAGGUAGCACCCAAAUUUCUCCCGCCGGAAACUCAUCAGGUCAAGAUAGACUCAGUCAUACCAAUACAGAAAGUCCCCUAAAAUCCCCUGGUUAUAACGGAGCAUCUAUGAACUCGGCAUAUUCUAGAUUCCAAUCUCCUGCUGCAGGCUCGAUUCCUUUGAUCAAUAGCAAAGGAGGAUACGUUACUUUGCCAAGGAGGCCAAGAGGAAGUAUACCUGAUACCAGUUUGAGACCUCAAGUUUUUUCCACAUUAAAUGGAGUGGUUCCUUCCUAUGACAGUUUCAAUUCCAAAUUCUUUAACUAUGGCGGACAUUACUACAGUCUUAAUAAAAGUGAGAUGGAUAUUGGAUCGUCGGGAAAAAUGAUCUCCGAUUUUAAUGAUUCUGACGAAUUAGAACCUGCUCCAUCUCCAGCUCCAGGUACACCUCAUGCGACGAUACCUAGAAAUAGUUUAAGUUCGCCAAACAUUCAUAAUCAACUUUUGAUGCUGCAAGCGAUGUCGGCGAAUGCCCAAGCCAGAUUUUCUAAAACCUCUGAACAAAGACCGUUAAAGGUUAUGUUGUCAGAAAGUGAGAGCCUCCUGAAGAACCCAUCGGAUUUGAGAGUCGCAUAUAGUGUUAACGUUGUAAGUGGUACUUUAGGUAGAACGAAAGCCUUGCACAUACCUCCAACCAAACCAAGAAAGAGGAGUUCUUGUGAAGUGAAAGAACAAUUCCUUUUGAACGCCGGCGAAAACGCAACUCAAGUAUAAGAACGAUACUAUUUUUAGCGUACUAUGAACAUGUCCUGUUAUGUUUUAUAUGUUAAGUAGAUUCUUUCAUACAUUGAAAAUGUUUGUACUUUGAAAAAAUAUUAAAAAAUAAUAGUAAUUUAUUUUUUGUUUAUGUGAAAUGUUUAUAUUUAUGUGAAACAAUCAUCACUUUAGGGCUUAAGCAAAUAAAAUUAGCUAUAACAACGACUAUUCUUAGUGAAAUGUUUGAAGACUUGGGUAAUAUAUAUAAUGUAAUGCCAUGAAAAUAAUCAUUGUUUAUAUUAACAGGUUUCAUAAUAUUGAUUUAACUUACAUUGCUGCAUAUUUGUAGAUAUAUUACUGUAAACCUAUAUAAUAAAUAGUUAAAACAUAUAUAGCUCUUAAUUUUUAUAUUCUUUGAUAGCAAAUAAUUGCUUUAUUUUUUAAUAAAACACAAUUAACAUCUAUUUGAAUUCAAACAAAUAUUGGUGCUUUAAAGAAUAUUAGUAAAUUGCAUCUGGUCAAAUUUUCCAUGCUUCGUUAUUUUAAAAAAGAGUUGAUAAAGUUACUAAAUUGUAAAUAAGAAAUCAAAAUUUUAUAUGCAAUCAUUUAAUCUCUUUUGCUAGAAGUAGAAUCAAUUGUAUAAAAAAUGUAUAACAUUUAGCUAAAUUCUAGACAAUUGGCUCAGUUGACCAUUUUUUUUUGUAUAAAUUGUGAGAAUUUUCAACUUGUAUCUUUUCUUGGUGUAAAAAUGUAAAUAAUUGAUAACUUUAAAAAUGUUGACGAAACUAUAAUUAUUAUUAAAUUGUAUUUAUAAGACAUGAGAGAGUGUAAGAAGGACCAAAAUGGAAGAAUGCUACUGGAUGAUAGAGAAUGUAUAAUUAUUAAAAAUUAAAACGAUUUGAAAUAC